CGAGAUUUGAAAAAUCCGCGAAAGUCAAAUAAAUGGCGCUGAAAAUACAGAUAAAACCUGGCCACAAAGUCAAGCUGACUUGACUAGAACAUAAAGAUGGCAGACUACAGAAAGAUCCAACACACACUGGGUCUUAUGCAGAAGAACCUGGAGUGUUCAAUAUGUCUGGAAUUGAUGAGGUCUCCAGUUUCUACGAAAUGUGACCACCAGUUCUGUAAACACUGUAUAUCAGAAUACCUGCAGCAUAAGACAAGAGUGAAAUGCCCUCUCUGCCAGAAGUUCAUCACUAAAAGGAGUUUAAGUGAGCGUAAACAGUUAACAGAUAUUGUAGAUGGAGUAAGAGCUGUCUUAGAAGCUUUCAAUCAAGAUUCUGGGGCACCAUACACCCCACCGAGAGGCCCAGUGACCCUUUCACAGAUAAGCUGUACUCCUGAAAACAUCAGAUCACCGCUGGAACGUAAGAACCACAGUAGGAAAAGACUUGCACCUAUAACUGAGGAGGUCAAGUCAACUGAUGCUCCAGUUUCCAUUGUUGUAAAGAACAAGAAAAACAUCAGAAUGUCAACAAAGAAGAGAGCAAAACUUGAAAGUGGUAAUCAGAUUUAUAUAGAAGAUUGUGAUGCCAGUGAUACCAUAUCCCAUGCAUCUUCUAAUACAAAUAUUAGUUCCUGUAUAUCUGGGCCUGGAAAUACCAGACAAAGAAAAAAGAAGACAAUUAUUCCAAAAAUGCAGCCUAGUACCUCCAAAUCAGGUUCUUUAAAUCAUAACGAUUAA